GGCGCUGCAGACUACAGACCUACAGAACACCGAGUCUGCCUACACCAAACUAGAAGUAAGCACCUGUUUUACUUGUGGAUAUCAAUGAUCCUGAAAGCCCAUGGCAAUAAUCGAUGGGAAGACACAGUAAGAUUCAGCUUCAGGUCCUAAGCCUUUACAAGGAGUUCCUCAGGCUGUCUAAACAGAAACCAGGGCUGGACACAUAUAUUCGUAGUGAAUUCAAGAGAAAUGCUAAAUCCAUACCAAGGACCGACAUCCUCCACAUAGAACACACUUUACGACGUGGCCAAAGGCAGCUUAAAAUGUUUCAAGGAGAACAUGUUAAGGGCAUGAAUGUAUUUACAGGCGUUGAAGAUUCUGAUAAAAAAUGAACUGACGCCAAUAAAUUGUGUCAUUGACGACUUAGAAUCCGAUCAGUUUCAGUGAACUUCUUGAACUGGCAAAACUUUUUUGAGUAUUAACAAUGGCAAAAUUUAUAUAUCCCAAAUUUGGACCCGCAAAUUCAAUUUAUCAGAGAGUUUUGAACAAUUUCCCAAGUGGAAUGCAGAUGGCAUUUGCUUAUGGAUCUGGUGUGUUUAAGCAAAAGGGACAAAAUGAUACAAAGCAAAAUAUGAUGGACUUCAUCUUUGUUGUCGACGACCCUUUGACUUGGCAUCGGCAUAAUCUCAAACAAAAUGCAGAUCACUACUCGUUCCUGAAAAGGUAUGGACCAAAUAUUAUAUCAGCAUUUCAGGAGUCGUCAGCAGGGCUGUAUUUUAACCCAAUGGUUCCAUUUGAAGACAGACUUAUUAAAUAUGGUGUUAUUAGUAACAGGGCAAUGGCACGUGACCUCAUAAAUUGGCGCCAUCUGUACAUAAGUGGCCGUCUUCAUAAACCUGUGAUGAUGGUAAAAUCACCUGAGGACCCAGCUGCCAAUGAAGCCCUUAAAAUCAACCUUCGGAGUGCAGUCCAUACUUCGUUAAUACUUCUUCCAGACAAAUUCUCCGAGGUGGAGCUGUUUACACAAAUAGCCUCUCUGUCCUACACUGGUGAUAUUCGGAUGUCAUUCGGUGAAGAUCAAAAUAAAGUUGACAACAUCGUAAAUGCCAGUCUUAACAAUUUCCGAAUUCUAUACAAGCCUAUUUUAGCAGAUACUGGCUACCUUUCCUGGGAUGAAAAGAGAAAAUGUUUUGAACAAGAAUACAGCUAUCCUGCCCGCCGCUAUCAUUUGGAUUAUGUUCCUGAAAAUGUCCUGCGGAAAAUUACUCGGCGUGAUGUUGAGACUAUAGAUGAUAUGAGGAAUGCUCUGGCAAAGGAUACUCAAUGCAACAUUGUCCUACAAGAAUCUCUGCAGCAAAUUGUCAAUCGAUCCAGCAAAACGCAGAGUUUUAAAGGAAUUUUUACGGGAGGAUUGUCCAGAUCUUCAAAAUAUGGAGCCAGUAAAGUUCAAAAGUGGUUUAACAGUCGUAAAAAUUAAACAGUUCUUAAAAAUGUGACACCUUUAAUUUUGUGAAUUCAUGGUGACUGCUGUAAGUUCAACUACUUGACAUAUAUUUGAUGCCUGGUAUAAAAUUUAGUUUUGCUUGAAAGUUUGUGAUCACAUGAUCGUAAAAAGAAAAUGUAUUCCGAUAUAUAUAUGGAUAUGUACAUACUUUGGUAAAAAUACUAUGUUCCCAUCAUGUUUAUGUUAUAUUAAAAAGAAGUGAACUUGAUUACAAGUACCAUUACAUCUUUUCAAAAAAGUGCUAUGCAUUUUAGUUUUUCAAUGACAUUCAGCCUACACCUGAGUCAAGCUGCCUACAAAGUAUUGACAUUUCAAGUUGCUUUCAAUGAUCCAUUUCCCUUAAUUAUAAAAAAAUAAUAUGUGAUGACAUUAAAAUUUACUUGUU